CCCAAAACAGGCACCCCUAGCAUCCGACACAGAGCUCCCAUCUGCCGGCCUAGCCACUUUCGACACGGGACGGGCCCCCGACUAUCAUGCAAAUCAGCAGCCCUCGGGAACACUACCGGCAUCAUUCUCCCGACUUCUCCUUCGCAGACCUAGCGCCGACGACUACGUUUGAUAAGGCUCCAACUCUACAAUGAGCUCCCGAGCCGCCGCAGUCGCUUCGCCCGUCUCAUUUUCUGCGGCCUCGGCGACCGGUUCACCCGACCUACAAUUCGCGGAUCGAGGGCGGAACAUGCCUGCCGCCGUCCCUCCGCGGACGUCGAGCUCCCGACGCGCCCAGCCGAGCGAGCGCCCCGCUGACCCGCACCGCCGAACCUACGCCGAUUCCAGCCGGGACGCGAAUGGCAGGAUAGAAUCACCCGAUCAGGGCUCCCGCAGCCGGCGAAACCAACCGCCGCACGACCAAUACGGCACAAACGGCACAAACGGCACAAGCGGCACCCGCGACCCCCGCCAGAACCCGUCGUCGACCGCGCAACCUCGCUCGCCGCCCCCGAACAACUCGCACUCGACGAACGGGCCGUCGAGGGAGACGAGUGAGAUCCUGAAUAGCAUCUUGAUAUCCCAACCCGAAGUCGACAUUGAGCGAGAGAAGCAGCGCAUGGCCUUGGCUCAACCACAGCACCAGUCCACAGACGAUCAAGAACAAGACGAUGAUGCGGCCCCGCCCCCCGUCGUCGCCACGGCUGACCCGGCAGACGAGACCAGGCGAGGCGGAAGAAGUCGCCAUGACCACUCCAGGCGGGAGAAGCAGACCAAGUUUGGCGAGUUCAUCCUGGGGAAUACCAUUGGCGAGGGAGAGUUUGGCAAAGUCAAACUCGGCUGGAAGCAAGAAGGAGGCGUGCAGGUCGCCAUCAAACUCAUCAAGAAGGACCAAGUGGGCAACAACCCUACGCGCAUGGCCAAGAUCAUGCGCGAGGUAGCCAUCCUGAAACAGUUAACCCAUCCCAACAUCGUCCGGCUCCACAAGAUGGAGGAGUCGGAUAGGCACUACGGAAUCGUGCUCGAAUACGCCUCCGGCGGCGAGCUCUUCGACUACAUCCUGAAUCACCGGUACCUCAAGGACAACGCUGCGCGGCGCUUGUUCGCCCAGCUCGUCUCCGGAGUCGGGUACUUGCACAAGAAGGGUAUAGUGCACCGCGACCUGAAGCUGGAGAACCUCCUGCUCGACCGCAACCGCAACAUCAUCAUCACGGAUUUUGGUUUCGCCAACACGUUCGACCCGAACGAGGAGCUGACCGAGGAGGAGGAGAUGAACCUGACGGAUCGCGAAUUCGUCAAGCGUAUGGGGCUGGACAAGAUCAAGCCGAACGGCACGCGAAAAGGCGACUUGAUGCAGACCAGCUGCGGCAGCCCCUGCUACGCGGCGCCAGAGCUCGUAGUGAGCGACUCGCUCUACACCGGACGGAAGGUCGAUGUGUGGAGCUGCGGUGUCAUUCUGUACGCAAUGUUGGCCGGCUAUCUCCCGUUCGACGACGACCCAGCAAACCCCGAAGGGGACAACAUCAACCUCCUUUAUAAGUACAUUGUCAACACCCCGCUCACCUUUCCCGAGUAUGUCACCCCUCACGCGCGCGAUCUCUUGCGGAGGAUUCUCGUUCCGAACCCGCGUAAGAGGGCCGACCUGUUCGAGGUCGCCCGCCACAGCUGGCUCAGCGAGUACGCCCAUGUCGUCGAGUUCAUCACGUCGAGCACGACGAGUCCCAAGGACAUCCAAAACACUACGGUGCCCCCGGAAGACGACGAUAUACCCACCCUCGCCCGAAGCGCAUCGGUGCGUGAGUCGUCAAGAAAGACGACCGUCUCGCCCGCAUUUGGUGGUCUGCUCAGCAAGCAGGGCACUAUCGAUUCCGACGCCGAGGCUGCCGCGUAUGCCAAGCAGCAAAGAGAUAACAAGCGCCGCACGGUGCAGGUGGAAUAUGUCGCUCCGAGUACGGCCACGCAGCGCGGCGAACCGUCGGGCACUCAGGCGUCGACCAGCCGUGCCGGUGCCGCGUCGGGGACCCGAGGCGAUGCUGACAUUGCAGACGCCGGCUCGUUGUUGUCGUCACCCAAGGAGAAGCCUUUGCCUCCUCAAAGUAUCUCGACUGGGGCAGACCCGUAUGGGAAGACACCUGUCGCAUCAAGGAAGCCGCCGAGCACCCAUCAGAACGCGAACUCCGCCGCCGCGGCCCCCGCCGCCGCCGCAGGGCCCCCGCCCGCCAUCCGGACUGGACGCGAGGGCCCCUCUCCGUCGACGGUUCCCGGUUCCUCAACCAACAGGCCCCCAACCGAGGGCUCUCUGCAGUCGGCCGGCUCAAGAGGCCCAGGGGCUGGCAAGAGAUCCUCGUACAGCCAGCCGGUGCCUCCCGAAGUCGCCGAUACGAAUGCCCAGGGGAGAAUUCAGCAGCCACAGAGGAGUGGGAGCAGCUACGGAAUCCCUACCUCAACAUCGCAACCCCAGACUCGGGAAUUCGGGCGGCCGAGCAUCAGCCAGCCGUCCAAGUUUGCUCGUCUCUCUGGCUUCCCUUCCGAGACAACUGGAGCCGGCAUCAGCAGCGCCCAGGGCGGCGAGGUCAAGGGUCACAAGCGAUCCAGCACGAUGGGCGAGAUCGGCGGCAAGCUCUUUGGCCGGAGCGGGUCGUUGUUUGGCGGCAGAGGCCGCAAACGGGCGGAGCAGCAAGCGGGCGGGGAGAAGGGCAAGAAAUACCCGCCUAUCAGCAUGAACAACACCCUCGCGGGAGGGGACGAAUCCCGGCAGUCAGUGGACUCGAAGCGCUCAAGAAGGUCCUUCUCUAUCGGCCUUGGCAAGAAGACGUCGGGCAGCCUCGCGGGCUCCCAAAAGUCCCACGAGAAGCAUGCAAGGCGUUUUUCGUUCAUCCCGGCGUCCUUCUCGCUCAAGGCGAUUGGCAUUGGCAAGGAGGACACCAACCCGCAGCUCGACUCGCAACAGGACCUGCCCAUCCAGGAACCGCCAACAGCCGGUGACGACCAACAUGGGCAUUACGGGGAGCAAGACAUCGGCGAAGACCAGCACGUCGAAGCGUCCACUUUGGAUGGCAUGUACGCACAGCUUCAUGAACCGCGCAUGUCGGCCGACUUAUACGGGCGUUAUCAGCAAUACGACUCCAACGGGUUCGGGCAGCCGUCUGCUAGUCAGGGGUACAUUCCGGCCACGAUGUUGAGCGGCGACUCGGACGCGUCGGUGGACAACGUGCGCCGCCCGGCAGGGUCUGCGCCGCAACUUCCUCCACUCUCGCACCUAGGGCAAGAAGCGGGCUAUGACGCGCGGCGGGUCGCUGGCGGAACUAAGACCGGCCGCGGCGUGUUGCAGAAGAACAAGCGGUUCGUUGACGCUUGGGAGACGGAUGCGUAUGCUCGCGGACAUGACCACUCGGGGAGCAGCGGUCCGGCGAGGAAAGUUAUGGACUUUUUCAGGAGGAGAGGGAAGGCUAGGGCCGGCGAGAUGAGCUAAGCUUACGGUACUGGUCGGCCUUGGUGGGGGGGUACAAAAGGCCAUAUAUCCCCUUGCAUGUAUCAGAUCUCCCCCACCCCUC